AUGGCUUCACAAAUUCCGGACUACGACUUCACCAUUGAGUACAAACCAGGAGUGAAUAAUAUUGCAGCUGAUAGCCUCUCGCGGUCAUAUGAACUUGGAAUCACUUCCAUUGUGACUUAUGGGCUUGUCAUGCAACUUCUGACUAGAUUGAAGAUUAUUAAAGCGGACAAUAAUGUUCGAGAAGAUCAGGCUCUUUUAAACGGAGAACAAAAGCUACUUGGUAUUUUGAUAGCUGUUGGAGAAGCAGUUGCCCACGUUCUUUCAGGGAUGUAUGGUAGUGUAGGCAAACUUGAAGUAGGAAAAGCUAUCCUCAUCAUCAUCCAGCUCCUUUUUGCGAGUAUUAUUGUGAUACCUUUAGAUGAGCUUCUUCAAAAAGGAUAUGGUCUUGGUUCUGGAAUUUCCCUAUUCAUAGCUACUAAUACCUGUGAAAACAUUAUAUGGAAGGCAUUUAGUCCCACCACCACUAAUAGUGGGCGCGGAUCUGAAUUUGAGGGUGCUGUUAUUGCUCUGUUCCAUUUGUUGAUAACUAGAAAAGACAAGGUUCCUGCUCUUCCUGAAGCAUUUUACCGGCAGAAAUCAUUUGCAACUACAGAAAUCAUUUGCAUCUGA